AUGGAAAAAGGAUGUUUAGAUGCUAAUCAAGUUCAUCGAAGAGAUGUACGUAGUGACAAUGGUGAAGUCAACGUGCCUAGUGCACAUGGUGAAGUCAACGUGCCUAGUGACAAUGGUGAAGUCAACGUGCCUAGUGCACAUGGUGAAGUCAACGUGCCUAGUGCACAUGGUGAAGUCAACGUGCCUAGUGACAAUGGUGAAGUCAACGUGCCUAGUGCACAUGGUGAAGUCAACGUGCCUAGUGACAAUGGUGAAGUCAACGUGCCUAGUGACAAUGGUGAAGUCAACGUGCCUAGUGACAUUGGUGAAGUCAACGUGCCUAGUGACAAUGGUGAAGUCAACGUGCCUAGUGACAUUGGUGAUGUCAACGUGCCUAGUGCACAUGGUGAAGUCAACGUGCCUAGUGACAAUGGUGAAGUCAACGUGCCUAGUGACAUUGGUGAUGUCAACGUGCCUAGUGCACAUGGUGAAGUCAACGUGACUAGUGCACAUGGUGAAGUCAACGUGCCUAGUGACAAUGGUGAAGUCAACGUGCCUAGUGACAUUGGUGAUGUCAACGUGCCUAGUGCACAUGGUGAAGUCAACGUGCCUAGUGACAAUGGUGAAGUCAACGUGCCUAGUGACAUUGGUGAUGUCAACGUGCCUAGUGCACAUGGUGAAGUCAACGUGCCUAGUGCACAUGGUGAAGUCAACGUGCCUAGUGACAAUGGUGAAGUCAACGUGCCUAGUGACAAUGGUGAAGUCAACGUGCCUAGUGACAUUGGUGAUGUCAACGUGCCUAGUGACAUUGGUGAUGUCAACGUGCCUAGUGCACAUGGUGAAGUCAACGUGCCUAGUGACAAUGGUGAAGUCAACGUGCCUAGUGACAUUGGUGAUGUCAACGUGCCUAGUGCACAUGGUGAAGUCAACGUGACUAGUGCACAUGGUGAAGUCAACGUGCCUAGUGACAAUGGUGAAGUCAACGUGCCUAGUGACAUUGGUGAUGUCAACGUGCCUAGUGCACAUGGUGAAGUCAACGUGCCUAGUGACAAUGGUGAAGUCAACGUGCCUAGUGACAUUGGUGAUGUCAACGUGCCUAGUGCACAUGGUGAAGUCAACGUGCCUAGUGCACAUGGUGAAGUCAACGUGCCUAGUGCACAUGGUGAAGUCAACGUGACUAGUGCACAUGGUGAAGUCAACGUGCCUAGUGACAAUGGUGAAGUCAACGUGCCUAGUGACAUUGGUGAUGUCAACGUGCCUAGUGCACAUGGUGAAGUCAACGUGACUAGUGCACAUGGUGAAGUCAACGUGACUAGUGCACAUGGUGAAGUCAACGUGCCUAGUGCACAUGGUGAAGUCAACGUGCCUAGUGACAAUGGUGAAGUCAACGUGCCUAGUGACAUUGGUGAUGUCAACGUGCCUAGUGCACAUGGUGAAGUCAACGUGACUAGUGACAUUGGUGAAGUCAACGUGACUAGUGCACAUGGUGAAGUCAACGUGCCUAGUGACAUUGGUGAAGUCAACGUGCCUAGUGACAAUGGUGAUGUCAACGUGCCUAGUGACAUUGGUGAUGUCAACGUGCCUAGUGACAUUGGUGAUGUCAACGUGCCUAGUGACAUUGGUGAAGUCAACGUGCCUAGUGACAUUGGUGAUGUCAACGUGCCUAGUGACAUUGGUGAAGUCAACGUGACUAGUGACAUUGGUGAAGUCAACGUGACUAGUGCACAUGGUGAAGUCAACGUGCCUAGUGACAAUGGUGAAGUCAACGUGCCUAGUGACAAUGGUGAUGUCAACGUGCCUAGUGACAUUGGUGAUGUCAACGUGCCUAGUGACAUUGGUGAUGUCAACGUGCCUAGUGACAUUGGUGAAGUCAACGUGCCUAGUGACAUUGGUGAUGUCAACGUGCCUAGUGACAUUGGUGAAGUCAACGUGCCUAGUGACAUUGGUGAUGUCAACGUGCCUAGUGACAUUGGUGAAGUCAACGUGCCUAGUGACAUUGGUGAAGUCAACGUGCCUAGUGACAUUGGUGAUGUCAACGUGCCUAGUGACAAUGGUGAAGUCAACGUGCCUAGUGACAAUGGUGAAGUCAACGUGCCUAGUGCACAUGGUGAAGUCAACGUGCCUAGUGACAUUGGUGAUGUCAACGUGCCUAGUGACAUUGGUGAUGUCAACGUGCCUAGUGACAUUGGUGAUGUCAACGUGCCUAGUGACAUUGGUGAAGUCAACGUGCCUAGUGACAUUGGUGAUGUCAACGUGCCUAGUGACAUUGGUGAUGUCAACGUGCCUAGUGACAUUGGUGAAGUCAACGUGCCUAGUGACAUUGGUGAAGUCAACGUGCCUAGUGACAUUGGUGAUGUCAACGUGCCUAGUGACAAUGGUGAAGUCAACGUGACUAGUGACAUUGGUGAAGUCAACGUGACUAGUGCACAUGGUGAAGUCAACGUGCCUAGUGACAAUGGUGAAGUCAACGUGCCUAGUGACAAUGGUGAUGUCAACGUGCCUAGUGACAUUGGUGAUGUCAACGUGCCUAGUGACAUUGGUGAUGUCAACGUGCCUAGUGACAUUGGUGAAGUCAACGUGCCUAGUGACAUUGGUGAUGUCAACGUGCCUAGUGACAUUGGUGAAGUCAACGUGCCUAGUGACAUUGGUGAUGUCAACGUGCCUAGUGACAUUGGUGAAGUCAACGUGCCUAGUGACAUUGGUGAAGUCAACGUGCCUAGUGACAUUGGUGAUGUCAACGUGCCUAGUGACAAUGGUGAAGUCAACGUGCCUAGUGACAAUGGUGAAGUCAACGUGCCUAGUGCACAUGGUGAAGUCAACGUGCCUAGUGACAUUGGUGAUGUCAACGUGCCUAGUGACAUUGGUGAUGUCAACGUGCCUAGUGACAUUGGUGAUGUCAACGUGCCUAGUGACAUUGGUGAAGUCAACGUGCCUAGUGACAUUGGUGAUGUCAACGUGCCUAGUGACAUUGGUGAAGUCAACGUGCCUAGUGCACAUGGUGAAGUCAACGUGCCUAGUGCACAUGGUGAAGUCAACGUGCCUAGUGCACAUGGUGAAGUCAACGUGCCUAGUGCACAUGGUGAAGUCAACGUGCCUAGUGCACUUGGGAGACGAUCUUAA